CUCCCACUUACACAACAGCGUUAGCACGCUCGGCUAAGCGAUGCACGACGACGUGGGUACGGUGCGCGCGGCGAGGAGGCAGCGAGGAGGCAGAUAGGCGGGACGUUUGCGCAGACUCGGCCGUCUUCGUGCUCUCGCCGGGGUUUCCGCAAAGGGAAAUAAAGAAAGGAAGGUGGCCAAGCGCGCGCGAGCCCCGCGCAAAAAUCAUUAAAACGCGUGCUCGUUUCGCGGCUGCGGCUUUCGUCGUGUUGGCGCUCUGGCCCGCGAUUUAUUAGCGGACGGUGGACAACCGCGCCGCGCCCGCCGCCGAAUCGGUUGACCGCGCUCUCCCUCCGGCGGCCGCCUUGGCCGCGUACCGCUGGCGACGCGCGCGUGUCGUCGCGUCCGCCGACGAACGCCGAAAACCGCUGUGGGAGGAUCGGGAAGAAACGCGCACACGUCACCGGCGUCGUCACCUUACAUGUACAGCCACGGGACGCUCUGGGACGGCCUGGGCACUAGUGGGACGCGCGUCGGCAUGGAGUGGACUCGCGACAAGACCCUGGAGCUGCUGCGCGAGUACCAGCAACGGCGCGUCCUCUGGGACUGGAACGCUCGCGGCUAUCGGGACCGCGCGAAGCGCAAGCGGGCGAUCCAGGAGCUCGCCGAGAUCCUCUGCUGCAACACUCUCGAGGUCGAGAAGAAGAUCACGAAUCUCAAGUGCCAGUAUUCCCGAGAGGUGCACAAGAUACAGAACAGUCGCGACGCCGCCACCGGCCCCGAUGACGUAUACGUCUCUAAGUGGUUCGCCUUCAAGGCCAUGCAGUUCCUACAAUUCGGCACACGCAGAUAUAGCAAACGGAAGAAGAAAGUCGAGGAGGUGUCGAAGCUGCAAGAGGAGUACAUUGUCAGCGACAUCGACCCCGAGAGCAUCACGUUCAUCGACUGCAACGAAGAGGAGACGAACGGCUCCGGCACCGGCUCCUUCAACGCCUCGCUCAGCGAAGACGCCGAGGAGUCAUCGUCGUCCAGCCUGAAGGCGAUGGAGUUGUACAACGGCUCCCUGCCGAGUCAAGACAGUCCGCCGGCCGACCUCGACGAAUCCGGCCAGACGAAGCUCGAGGCCGGCGCCGACGAGAAAGAGCGGAAAAAGACGAAGGAGGAGUUCGCCAAAUUCGGCGAAAGACUCGACGGCGUCCUGGCGGCGAAUCAGGCGAUCGGCAAGUAUGCGCUCGAUGUACAGGGUCUCCGAGAUUGUCGAGAUAAGCGUUACGAGAUGUACAUCUUCUACGAAGACGCGGCGGUGAAUUCGUACGCGUUAAGGAUCGCGAGGAGUUUCGACGAACAGGCACUUACGAUUGCCGAGAGUGGUCAUCAUUGUCACAGAAUAUCGAAAGACGUCAUUUGUUCUUUGGACCUGAAGAGUGCUAAGCUGUCGCAGCUGAAGGAGAAAGCGGACGAGACGAUCUACGUGCCCUUCGACAUGAACACCUUCUCGUUUACAGACGAGAUGACGGAUUAUAGUUAUAACUUUUACACAUGGAGAUACUAUCCGGCUUACCUGAGUUUAGAGAGAGGCACGACGCAGGUGCCGCAGAUUAACGGCAUCUCUUUCAAGUAUCCUUCGUCUCCGAUACUGUCACAAUCUGAAGAAAGCAUAAAGAACUCAAUAUGCGGCAUCGACGAACGCUCCAGAGAAUGCGCCGACACACCGCUGUUCUGCGAAUGCUUGCAGUUAAUUCAGGUCCCAUCGCGAAAAACAGUCGAAGUUGUGCUGAUAAACGAAGGUUUCGGAAGCAACGCGUCGUACACAUUUCACUUACACGGUUACAGUGCCAGCGUUAUGGGCCAAGAAAAUUUCGAGCGGCCUAUCACCAAAAACUACAUCGAAUCCUUGGACAGUAACGGGAGGAUACACCGAAAUCUUGUAAACCCGGUACAAAAGGACACCUUUGUCGUGCCGAAUAAAGGCUACAUUAUCCUUCGUUUCUACAGUGACAAUUUAGGAUACUGGCUGUGGGAGGCAAGAAGCACCGCUAUAUAUCCUCAACUGUUUGGGCCUGGCAUGCAAUUUCUGAUGAGAGUCGGCCUCCAUCGGAAUCUGCCGCCCGUGCCGAUCGACUUCCCCAAUUGCGGGAGUAACAAAGGCUUGGAUUUGAUAUUUGAAAAUACCUAACGUCUACGUUUAAUGCCUACAACGCAAUAUAACAUAUUGAGCAUAAUCUAAUAUUGUUAUUCAUUAUAUUGUAUCAAUUGUCACUGUUAAAUUAA